UUGCUAAUCUCUCACCUUAGGAUCCUUGCUCUACAGAGCGAUUCACCCACUUCCACCACUGUCGAUAGUAACAAGUCUGCUAAUUCAAAAUCUCUUGGCGAACUACUUGGAAUAGAAAUGGAUGAAGAUAUCGCAGAGGACAAAGCGGUGGCUGAAUUGCGCCUCUUCGAUGCAAAUAUAGCGACACUGACAUCAGAGCGGCUUGAUCUUACACACCGUGAUCAGCUACAAAAAGCUAUUUUCAGAGUCCAGCGGAGUCUUCACGAGGCCCAGCCGCGGAAAGCUUUGGCGAUAGCCCGACAGCUUUGGCGUCUUUGGCCCGAGGUUUCACCGGCUUCUGCCGAUGCUGACAUUAUGGAUAAUCCACAAGUUGAUUUCGUCGCAAUAUCUGAAACGGAAAUGGAUCAGUCAAAUUUAGCGAAUUCGAACGCUUUGCAAAUUGCCCAGCAGACUAGAAUAAAGGCGAUGGAGUCUGGCCUGGCACCUGUCAAUAGGACUGCCCUUAUGUCCCUUUGGUCUAUUCAUAUGUCAGACCUUAGAGGUUUGUUUUUUUUAAUAAGUGUGUAG